AUGUGUUUUCCUUUGUUACCCUUUGUUACACUGUGUUACCUUUUGUUACCCUGUACUACCCUUUGUUACCCUGUGUUACCCUUUGUUACACUGUGUUGCCCUUUGUUACCUUGUGUUGUUCUGUGUUACCCUUUCUUACCCUGUGUUACCCUUUGUUAUCCCUUGUUUCCCUGUGUUACCCCAUGUUCCCCUCUUUUAGCCUGUGUAACCCGUUGGUCCCUUUUGUUACUAUUUGUUACCCUUUGUUACCCUGUGUUAACCUGUGUUCCCCUGUGUUCCCCUGUGUUACCCGUUGUUCCCUUUUGUUACCCUUUGUUACCCUGUGUUACCCUUUGUACCUGGUGUUACCCUUCCUCAACCUCUGUUACCCUUUGUUACCCUUUGUUAUGGUGUGUUACCCUUUGUUACCCUGUGCUCCCCUGUUUUUCCCUAUAUUACCCUUUGCUACCCUGUGUUACCCCGUUUUAGCCUUUGUUACCAUGUAUUUCCCCGUGUUACCUGUGUUCCCUUGUUACCCCGUGUUAUCCUUUGUUACCCUGUUUUACCCUGUGUUAGUUUGUGUUACCCUGUGUUACCCUGUGUUACUCUGUGUUACCCUUUGUUAC